GCAAGGUCCCCUCAGUAGAGCAAAGAUUGCUUCUCUGGGUUGACCGUUUUGCAGAUUGUGCUUUCUGUAAGGAUCUCCUCUCCUUCCAACCUAAGAAAGUACGAACUCUUGAAACGUAGUUAUUCAAAAGGAUUCUUUUAUUAAGCAGAAGUGAAAACCAUCCAGCUAAAUCACAAUCUGAAUACCUUUAGGCAAAGCAGUAGGAUUAAAGUGGUAGAGACCCCUCCCUUUAAGUCAGAAUGCAGAUUUUAGCCAAUACACAAGUGGGAAGAGGUUUUCUUUACUAUUUCUUUUGAGAACCCGAACAAACAUGCAUUCCCACCACUACCCUUUAAAGUGAGACAACCCACAUGACUAUCAUAUAAAUUCCUGCAGGUAAAGGGAAUCUCAGGCUUCCUUGGCGCCAGGAUAUAGGUUGUAAAAUAUAUGAUGACACAGGCCAUGCUAGUAAAUCGAAUCCACAUCCCCCCUUCCUUCACUUGAAUGGCAGUAUCACUUUUAGGGAUCUGACAGGAUGCUGAACCCCCUAGUCACAUGAUCCUCUUUUGGCCAAAUGUUGAGGGAUCCAGCAAUUAGGAGACUCAGAAAGAAACCAACUUGGAUCUUAUCAAAAUUGCAUGAUUCCCUGUUUCCUUUUUCCAACAAUAAUGUAUUGGAAUGAGAGGAAAUUCAUUAGCAGGAAGGAACCAUUGGAGGAGAUUCUCAUCCUUACGUCCUGUUUAACUGGAGCUGGUCUGCUUUUGUGCAUGAAUUCCUAGUUCUUCUAUCUAGGAACAAGAAUUGUCCUGCAUCAAAUAGACUCCAUGUAGUUGCUAUUUAAAAACACACUUGUGAGUCACACAUAGCGACUUUACGUAUUUAUUUGGAUUCUCCAUUUAUUAUUUUUACAAAUAAGGUGGAGAACACAUGCAGCAAAAUGAAGGAGAACGCCUGCAAGAAGCCAAGGUCUUCUAGCAAUGGUGACACCUUCCUCCUCUCUUCCCCCAACAACAGCCCUGUGAGGUGGGCUGGACUGAAAAGGGAGCUGUGCAACCCUUGAACUCAGGGUCUCUUCUUUCUCCCCUCCCAGCCUUCAUCCCUGGCUCCCCUUCAGAGGUUGCUAUGAGGUCGCAGCCCCAGAAGAGCCCCUGACCUCCCCCUCCCUCAAUACAGAGCGGGGGAGGGGGGGAGAUCAGACCACAAAGUUGAAGGGGAGCUCCCCGCCCCACCCCACUUCCACGUCCUCGGCACUGCGCAGGAGCCGUCUGGUUGAUUGGAGAAAGGAGGACGCCCAUUGGUCGUUCUGAGGAAGGCAGCGAUUGGUAGGGUGACUCCGUGGGGCCGAUCCUCUGGACGAAGAAGUGAAGUAUUUGGAGAGAAAAUUAAAACGGGCAAAAGGGAGCUCCCUGAAUCGACGACAGAGUAGCGCGGAUGAUGCAGGAAGAUGGACGAUGGUGGCGGAUGCAGGAAAGAGGCGCCGCCCAGGAGGAGGAGGAGGAGAGCGGGCCCCGUGGAGCAGCCUUGCCCGGUCCCGGCGCGGCUUCCGUGGGAGAUGGCAGGGAAAGGCCGGGGGGCUCCGGGGACGCAGGAGGGAGGAGCCCAGGGGAAGCCCGGGAAAGGCGGCUGCCUAGAGGGCGAUGCAGGGAGGAGGAAACGGGCGGAGACGCCGAGAUGAGCCUGGAGGGCGGAGGCUCCUUCGGAAGACCCCCAAAGCCCCGAAGGAUCCAGAAGGGAGGAAGGAAACAUCAAUGCCCCGAAUGCGGAAAAUCCUUCAAAACAAUUGGCCAUCUUGAAAGUCAUUUAAGGAUCCACAUAGGAGAAAAACCUCAUAAAUGCUUUCAGUGUGGAAAGAGCUUCAGUCAGAGGGGACAUCUUUAUAAACAUCAAAGGAUCCAUUGGGUAGAAAAACCUCAUAAGUGCCUGGUGUGUGGAAAGAGCUUCAGUUGGAGGAGCAACCUUUAUACACAUCAAAGGAUCCACUGGGGAGAGAAACCACAUAAAUGUCUUGAUUGUGGAAAGAGCUUCAGUAGGAGAGGGACUCUGCACAGACAUGAAAGGAUCCAUUCAGGAGAGAAACCGUAUCAGUGCUGGGAGUGUGGAAAGAGCUUCAAUCAGAGAGGAAAUCUUUACAUGCAUCAAACAAUCCAUUCAGGAGAAAAACCACAUAAAUGUCUGGAGUGUGGAAAGAGCUUCAGUAGGAGAGAAACUCUGUAUGAACAUCAAACAAUUCACACAGGAGAAAAACCACAUAAAUGCCUGGAGUGUGGAAAGAGUUUCACUCGGAGAGGAAAUCUUUACCUGCAUCAAAAAAUCCACUGGGGAGAGAAACCGUAUCAAUGCCUAGAGUGUGGAAAGAGUUUCAGUCAGAAUGGACAACUUUCCCAGCAUCAAACAAUCCAUUCAGGAGAAAAACCACAUAAAUGUCUUGAUUGUGGAAAGAGCUUCAAUUGGAGAGGAAGUCUGCACAGACAUGAAAGGAUCCACUCAGGAGAGAAACCGUAUCAGUGCUGGGAGUGUGGAAAGAGCUUCAAUCAGAGAGGAAAUCUUUACAUUCAUCAAACAAUCCACUCAGGAGAAAAACCACAUAAAUGUCUGGAGUGUGGAAAGAGCUUCAGUAGGAGAGAAACUCUGUAUGAACAUCAAACAAUUCACACAGGGGAAAAACCACAUAAAUGCCUGGAGUGUGGAAAGAGUUUCACUCGGAGAGGAAAUCUUUACCUGCAUCAAAAAAUCCACUGGGGAAAAACCAAAUAA